AUGGCUUUGCCCUUUCUUUCCUGUCUGGGCCUCUGUAUGAUCAUAUCAGUCCUUGCAUUACCACCCACUGAGCCACCAUUGGUUCAUGACCAUCCCUUUGUGGCCAUAUGGAAUGCCCCCACUGACCAAUGCAAACAGCUUGAAAUUCCACUGGAUACUGCUGCCUUCCAGGCAGUGACUACGCCUUCUGCUGUGCCAGGUCAGUUUCUUACCAUCUUUUAUGAAGAUCGCCUUGGCCUGUAUCCUAAAGUCGACAUAAUCAAGCACAAGAUCUACAAAGGUGGCAUCCCCCAAAACGGAAACUUGACAGAGCAUCUUGCUAAGGCCAAAAGUACAAUAGAUCACUAUAUCUCCCAAGAUUCCUCUCCUGGGCUGGCUGUGAUCGACUGGGAGUCCUGGCGCCCUCUGUGGGACCAAAACUGGGGAUCAAAACGUAUCUAUCAGAAGCUAUCUAUUACUCAUGCUUUGCAGCUGGCUCCCUUUUUGUCAACAAAGAAAAUUUCCCAAACAGCCAAGAGCCAGUUUGAGCUAGCUGGGCGACGCUUCAUGGAAAAAACUAUCAACAUUGGCAUCGGCAAACGUCCAAGCCGCCGCUGGGGCUUCUAUCUUCUUCCUGAUUGCUUUAACUAUGGAUGGAACAAGCCAGGAUACACAGGGAGGUGCUCCACUAAAACUAAGAAGCAGAACAACAAGCUGCUGUGGCUGUGGGAACGAAGCACCGCCCUCUUUCCAUCCAUCUACCUUCAUAUGACUCUGAGAAACUCACCCCAGGCCGCACUCUAUGUCCGUAAUCGUGUCCAAGAGGCGCUUAGGGUGGCAGCGCUGCCAAAACACCUCUACACUGCACCUGUCUAUGUCUACUCCAGACCCCUGUACCGGGACCAGACCCAAAUGUUUCAGACUCAGACAGAUCUUGUUAACACCCUUGGAGAGUCUGCAGCUCUGGGUGCUUCUGGGGUUGUAAUCUGGGGAGGUACCAGGGACUACAACAGCAAGGCCUCCUGCCAGUCUCUGUCUGAAUACCUGUCCUCCACGCUCAGUCCAUAUGUUGCCAAUGUGACUGCGGCUGCCAUGCUGUGCAGUAGGCUGCUGUGUAAGGGAAAUGGCCGCUGUGUGAGGAAGAAUUACAACAGCGCUCACUACCUUCAUCUGAACCCCACCUCCUUCCGCAUCCUAAAGGCAAGUGGGAAGUAUGUCGCUGUCGGUCUUCCAUCUGCCAGCGACCUCAGCGACUGGGUGGAGAACUUCACAUGCCAGUGCUAUGCUGGGUGGAGCUGCUUUCCUGAGCUGCGGCGUCCAACUCAAGUUCAACUUAUAAGGGUUUAAAUUGUGAGAGGAGUAAAUAAAUGGCCCUUGCUGCCUUCUUGUGA